AUGAAAUCCAAAAUCAUAAGUUCUCGCUUGGGUCUCAAGACUCCUUCUAAACAAGAAAUCCCAACACAAAGAAACAAUGAAAAUAGCUUGCACUCAUCUCCUGCAAUCAAUCAAAAAAAGAAUCCUUCAGGCACAAAUAGAAAUGGAAGGCUUGACUUCAAUAUGCUCAAUUUAUCAGAAAGAAGAGUCAGAGCUAGCCAAUCCCAUCGCAGAGACAGAUCUGCAGAGGAGCUUUUUGGCGAUUACAACGAAAAUAACAUAAUUAGAAGUGACAGCAGAAGUUCAAGCACAAAAAAAAUAAAACAGGUAUCUGAAAAUAGCGAAAUUAUUUAUAAAUCGUUCGACGGGACCAAAGCCAAGCCAAGCUCUGUAAUAAUUCCGAAAGUUUCUUCCUCAAGAGAAAAAAUCCUACAGAUAAACGCAAGAAGACUUAAAGAGCUCAAUAUCAAGCAGCCAUGCGAAUCAACAUUGCCAAAGCCAAAUGAAGCCCAGAUUGAGACUAUUUCGAUUUCUGGACUGAAGCCUUAUGAUGAUAUGAAUACACUAAAAGACAUUUGUAAAGGAUGGCAUAUUGUAAAGGCUGAUUUGGAAAUGAAUGAUAUUGAAGGAAAAUGCAAUGGAAAGGGAAGUGUGCAAAUUCGAUAUUUCCCUGGCUCCGGAGACUCAGAAAAGCUGAAAUUUCACUUGAUCUCGCAUGGUUUAAAUGUCUCAUCGAUAUCUUCAGUAAGGGGAAGAAAAGGGUGCUGGGAAAUACUUAUUUCAGAAAAUUAGCACAUUUAAGAGCGAGCAAAACAAUUUAAAAUUUAAAUAUUAUUUUAUAUAUAAGUAAUUUAAAUUAAGCUACGAUUUUUUAAAACCAGAAAACAAACUUUUUAGAGCAAGCAGAAGGAUUUUGCUCACUGAUAAUUUUUUUUUAAAAAAAAUUAUUUAUUAAAUAAGCAUUAAAAUCACACUAUGCUAUUGCAAUGACAGUAAAAAAUUGAAAAACCUAAGAAAAAACCAACUACGUACAAACAAUCACUAGAUCGAACUCAGAGUCCAGAAUUGGCUUGGAUAAUUCAGUAAUUUUUUCUUCAUUUAGUUCUUCCAAAAAUAGACUAAGCAGUUCUCGUGAGCCAAAAAAUGACUGCUAUCAAGAUUCGUUAAGAUCUUCAAGAUCUAAAAGCAGCAAUAAUCUAAAGCCAAGAUCUGGAAGUGCAAGCUGCCGGGAACAAUUUAGCCAUCGAGGUAACUUUGAAAACCUUUCAACUGGCCCAGAAUUAAGGUCUUUUGACGCAAGACCAAGCUAUAUGAGGGAAACUCUUUCUUCACAAAGUAAAAGAAGAGCAUAA